UGUGAUCAGUCCCGAACGCAGAGCGAGAAGGGAGGCUUCCUCCACUCUUACAUGGAUUUCACUGUCAAACCUUAAAUCUUAUCACCAGCAAGAGCAAAGGAAAAGUCAGUUAUUAAACCGACCACCACCGUUUGCCACUUUCGUUUCCCAAGAAAUCCCAGCCCACCCUAUAAACAGUACAGGCGCACUGGAGCUGAGCACACUCUGUCUCUCACUCUCUGUGUGAACACAACGCUGUUAGGCUGCGCAGAGUGAAAACGAAAUGGGUCUCUCUGUGCCCGCCGUGGAAGGAGCAGAAGAGCCACUCGCCAUAAAAAAGAUAGAAGAAGAAGAUGAUGAUGAUGAUGUUGAAGAAGAGGAUAAUACAGUGGUAGACGUUAAAGAAGAAAAAAAAGGAAGCUCAGCAGCAGUUGUCAUAGGGACAACUGCUUCCAUUGCAGUAGGAGCAGUGGGCGCUGUGGCCCUAGCUCCUGUUGUUCUGGGAGCCAUAGGUUUCACCUCAGCUGGAAUAGCAGCAGGCUCCUACGCCGCAUCCAUGAUGUCAGCUGCUGCCAUUGCAAAUGGAGGGGGAGUGGCAGCAGGAAGUCUGGUGGCUAUUCUGCAGUCAGCAGGUGCAGCUGGUCUGUCAGCGACUGCCUCUGCAGCUGUGGCCGGUACUGGAGGAACAGUGGGAUGGCUGGCUAGCCUCAUAGGCCGAAAAGCCUUUAAAAAAUGAUUUUUUUUUUAUUAUCUAUUUAUUAUCUUUUUAUUAUCUUUUUUUCCCCAAUGGCAAAUUCAAACUUUUGUGUGAUCAAUCUUUGAACCUACUAAAUCCAAAAAUAUAGGAUUCAAAUCUGUACUUUAACUUGGCCAGUCCAUCAGUUCUGGUACUCCAGAUUCCCUUUUUUUUUUGGUCAAACAGUCUCUGCACAGCUUUGAAAAAAUGAUUGGAGUCAUUGUCUUGUUAGUAUAUGAACAAACAACCAAUCCGAUUCAGCCCAGAAGGAAUUCCAAGAUGUUGUGGUAGACGUUCUUGUUCAUGAUACCAUGAUAUUUUCACUAAUUUGCUCACACCGUUUCCACAAAUGGAACCCCAUACCAUAAUGGAAUCUCCACCGUGUUUCACUGUGGGUACCAAAACUUUUCUGCGGACAUAAACACGACGUGCUGAUGCACGACUGACGAUGCUGACCGAAGAAUUCAAACUUGGACUCAGAGUCCAAGAGUCCAGAGUAUCUUCUUCCAGUCAUCAACAGUCCAGUGUUUGUACUCCCUAGUCUUCCCUUUAAGCUUUGUUCCAUCAGUCAUCUGCUUAUGGUCCUUUAUUUUUUUUUUCCAAUUGCAAAUGCAAAGGUUCGCUCUCAUGAUCCCAGCUAUUUCAAAUGUGGAAUAAAUCUUUGGAAGAUCCUG